AUGGCGCACAAAAUAGUACCGAUAGAGCUCUUGCAAGCCUCAACCGAUUCGCCGACAGCAGACGCUUCACAAAGGCUAGGUCAACUCUAUACUCUUUUGAAGACACAUCGAACUCAGUACGACAAAUAUGGAGCUAUCAAGGAUCUGGACCAGAAAAUUGAUGUGAUUUACGGUAUUUUAAAGCAAACGCUAGAUACUGAUGAGAAUUUCCCACGGCUGCUACAGCAUCUUGCCGUCGCAUAUGUUGAAAGAAGCUCUCGACAAGACAACCAGGAGUUUUAUUUGAGCAUGAAAUACAUUGACGAAGCUAUUCGGGUGAUUCGAAAAGCUAUAGAUGUUACAGAGAAAGAUCAUCUGAGUUAUGCCUAUUUUUUAAGAACCCUUGGUCAAUGCUAUCGGGAGCGGCAUCGACUAAAAGAGGCGCUUGCCCUCUCUAUAAUUUAUCGUUCACCUGAUCAACGGGAUUACGCAUUUGAUGCUAUUCGGAAGUGUGAUCUGAUACAUUAUAAUGCGCAUGAAACGCUUCAAACCAAUAAUGGGCUCAUAAUAUCAAGCUGUGGCUCGGACUCGGACAUUGAGAAUGCAAUAGAGGCACUACAAGAAGCAGUGGACCUUCUCCCUCCAAGUAGCAAGUCCCGAAAAUGCUUUUGCCAUGAUCUCGGACUCGCACACGACGAAAGAUUUGAUGCAACAGGGGAGACAACCAAAUUGGAAGAUUGUAUCCGCAUACAUCUGGAUGCCAUCAACGAAACAGAUGACAAUGAUCCAGACAGCGCUCAACUGAUGUGGCAUGCGGCCUCCGCGUAUGAAGAAAGAUUCGAGCUGCUAGGCGACGACAUCGAUUUCGCAAACAUGAUGGAACUUUAUCAUGAAUCCCUCAACCACAAACUAUCUGGCCCGAGGUGGCGACUGGAGUCUGGGAUCAAGAUAUUACACAUCCUCGCCUCCGGAGAAUCUUGGUCUCGUGCAUAUGAAAUUGCAUGUACCACUUCUGCUCUUGUGCCUCUUCUUGUUCACCACUCUCAAGAUCACGCCUAUAAGAAUCAUCUGCUUUCAGUCUCCUGGGGGUUGUCUUCUGCUGCGACAACAACAGCAUUAAUGCUAGAAAAGCCUGUAUUUGAGAUAAUCCGACUCAAUGAGCUUGGAAGGGGCAUAAUUAUUGGCUCCGUACUGCAGCGCAGUAUGCUCAAGCGCCUGCAGAUCAGUCAUCCAGCAGAGUUUUCAGUCAUUGACGAUUUACAGGCUCAGUUUCACAUGACUCCUAGGGUGCUCGACCAAGCUAGAAAUAUGGACGAUGUAGAAAGGUUACUUGACGAAAAAGCACAGGAAAUUCGUCGUCUUCCUGGAUUUGAGGACUUCCUGCUACCUCCAUCCGAGCAUGACAUUCUAUCUGCAGCAAUCCAUGGACCCAUCGUUCUACUUCUCACAAACCCUGAACGGUGCGACGCCGUACUGAUCAAACAAACAGGGCUUGUAACACUGCCCCUUCCUGGCUUAAAACAUGAAGACAUUCCCAACAUCAGAGCUGCUAUGUUCGAUCCAAUGGUUCUCGAAUGGUUAUGGGACACUAUAGCUAAGCCAGUGCUCGACGCGUUAGGAUUUACAGAGACACCUACUGGCGCUGAUUGGCCUCAUAUUUGGUGGAUUCCCACAAACGCCCUCGUCGGAUUACCUAUUCACGCAGCAGGUUACCACCAUCAAGGAUCGACCAACACUGUGAUUGAUCGAGUGAUAUCAUCCUACAGCUCGUCGGUCAAGUCGCUUAUCCAGGCUCGUAAAAACAAUAAGACAGAAUCAGAGACUGAUCGAACACCGAACAAAGCCGAACAUGGAGAAGUGGCCGUCCUCGUUGGGACACAAAACCUGCCAUUCGCUCCCCAAGAGGUCCACCAAUUGGAGGGGAUAUGCCAAAGCAUGGAGCUACAAACAAUGAGCCUUCUCCAGAACAGGGAAGCAGUCCUAUCUGCAUUGGAAAACUGCCGCAUCUUUCACUUUGCAGGACACGGCCGAGCCAACUCUCUUGACCCAUUGCAGAGUUGUUUGGUACUGGAUGCUGGGACCCUGACAGUCGAUCAGUUAUUCGACUCUAACAUUAACCAGCAACAGCCUUUUCUAGCGUAUCUUUCGGCAUGCGGAACAGGGCAGAUAUCGGGUAGAAACUCCACUGACGAAUCUAUCCAUCUGAUGAGCGCGUUUGAGCUUGUCGGUUUCCAAAAUGUCGUGGGCACGCUCUGGAAUGUCGAAGAUGGUGUUUGCCCCAGUGUGGCAAUUGACACCUAUACAUGGAUCAAGGAUAAGCAAUUGGCUAGGGGAUCUGUGGCCGAGGGACUGCAUCAUGCAUUAAGAAGUCUUCGUGAUAGGUGGUUGUGGGAUAGGGAGGAGUCUAGCAGAGGCAAAGCUUCUGCUGAUAAUAGGGCUAAGGUAGUUUCAGAGCCCUCUGUCCGGGAAGUAUCCAGAGACAUUGAGCUCUGCGAUCAGGAACAGCAGCUAUAUUGGAUACCAUACAUCCAUUACGGGUUGUAG